AUGCAAGGUUCCAAACAGUGGAAGACCAGCGAGACCGUAUUGCUGUAUAAGAAGGGAGAUCCACAAGACAUCGCAACUAUCGCCCAAUCUGCUUACUGUCAUGUACAAGCUCUUUACAAGGACAUGGAAGCUUUGGGAAACCAGGGUAUCCCUACUCAGUACAUAAAGGUACUUCGAGAGUUGUACAUUAACUUCACGACCGCAAUUCUACGAGAAUAUCAUCAUCGACGAGAAGAGAAGGGUCCGACAGGAGAGAAAUUUGAUGCUUUUCGUGUCCCCCUCGAAACGGAAAAGAUUUCUUCACGAAGUCCUUCAAGAAAUAUUUUGAUGGUCUUCGUGUUUCACGCGAAAGGAGAAACCACUGGCCGACUCUGGCACGCGAUGGGGACAAAUGGAAAGAUUACUGGCGCCCGCUCGGCAGGAUCGAAGAACAACGGGAGUCAGGGUGGUCAAGGUAUUCUGGAAAAGAUGUGCCCAGAUGUAGUUCCAACUGCUAUAUGCAAUAACCUGAGUCUGGCGCUUUCGCAACGCUUUGGAGUUGUGGGAUUAUCUAGCUGGAACUUGUUUUGCGCUCUUUCGGUUUCAAUGCACUUCCUUCCAGCUGACGGCGAUGCACUUUCAUUGUUCUUUCUCUGA